AUUUUUCAUUCUACUUUGCAUUAUAAAUCAUUCAAAUUCUUUUAUUAAAAUGAGUGUUUUACAAUCCACUGAAGAGGGCUGGAUUCUUUCUCAUUUAGAAUUUAUCAACAAAAUGUAUGAGAAAGUAAUAAAUAAAAGUGAGAGUGAAAAACACUUUUCCCUGCAAUUCAAUAAAACUUUGUUUGAUAUUAAUUCAGUCUUUUUGCGACAAAAUCAAGUAAAAAAUGUGUGUAGUAACGGUUCAAGUGUUUCUCAUCGACGAACGAGAAAGAGAAAAAAAUCGAAUUUACUUCCUGCCCAUUUUUUGACGGAGAUAAACUAUGUGAAAGAAAAAUGGGAAAAGUUAAUGAAAUCUCCAGAAAUACAAAAUAUUUUUUCGAAAUCUGUAAUAUCUGACAAUAAUGAAGCAGCUCGUUUAAUGUCGCGAAACUUUUAUUCUGAUUCCGUAAUCAAAAAAGAGUUUAUGAUGGAAGGUUCUCAUUGGAAUGAAGUUUCAUCAGUUUCUCAAAUAGAUGAUCAAGAAUUCGUAUUUCCAAAAUAUUGUCAAUAUUUUUGUCGUGAUGUGCGAGAAUUGGAUCAGAAACUACCUUUGAAAAAUCAAUUCGAUUUUGUUCUUAUGGAUCCACCCUGGUGGAAUAAAUCCAUUAGGAGAAAAAAAGAAAUGUUUGUUGAAUCUAGUUACAAAAUGAUGUACAAUGAGGAGCUGGCGAAAUUACCAAUAGGAAAAUUAUUGAGUACAAAAGGCUUGGUUGCGAUUUGGUGUACAAAUUCACCAAGUAGUUUGCACUGUAUUUUAGAAGAAAUGUUUCCUGUUUGGGGUGUAAAAUUUCAAGCCAAAUGGUACUGGGUUAAAGUCACACAGUCAGGCAAUGUUGUGUGUAACUUCAAUGAAACUCAUGGAAAACAACCCUACGAAUUGUUAAUAAUAGGAACUAAGGAUUCGAAUCGUGAAAUUCCAAAUGGAAAAAUAAUUGUCAGCGUGCCUAGUGCAAUGCACUCUCACAAACCUCCUCUUACAGAAAUCAUAGCUAAGUUUUUGCCAUCGGAACCGAAGUGCCUGGAAAUCUUCUCCCGAUAUUUGCUUCCCAAUUGGGUGAGUUGGGGUUUCGAGGCUCUGAAAUUCCAACAUAUUUCGUUUUUCAGUCGACCUGAUAAGAAAAUAAAGGAGGAGGAUGAAAAAGUUUAUUAUUCGAGAACUACACGCUUUUAAAUUCGGACUACACAUCAUGAAAAAUUUCCUGACGCUAUUUUUAAAAAUUGGUGACACUAUUUACACUAUUUUUGAUAUCUGAUGUCAGUCUAGAGGCCUGCCAUCCUGAUUUUGAAUUGAUCUAUUAAGUAAUUAAUUUUCCUCUCCUUUACAAAAUUUUUAAUCGCGAGGUAGAGGAAGAAAAGAAGCAGGAAAAGCAAAAGGUGAUCGCUCAAGCUUUCAAUAACGAUGAGCUCUUACCGAUGACGGUCUGAAUCUAAACGAUUACAAUAAGUUACUGAAAGUCAUGAAAAAGUUACUAUAGAAUGGUAUUCUGAUUUCUGAUGCACAAAACAAAACGAUCAAGGAUACCACGUGAUUUAAAUAAAUCGAAGAAUUUGUUGAGAUAAAAAUGAAUUGUAUCAUAUUUUAUGAUGAAAUUAGAAAAAAACAUAUUUUAUAACGUGUGGGAGUUUACAAUUUUCUUCUGAUAAAUGUAGACUUUAUAACGAAUAAUUAACGUUUA